AUGACCCUCUCUUGCCAGUCUCUCUCCUCCCCAAUUCUCAUCCGCACCACCACCACCCUCCACCAUUUCCCAUUUCCCGCCACUAUACCCAGCAACCUCUCAGCCACCGGAGGCCGGAGACUUCUGGGUUCCUUCAUUCUCAGAGCAAGAGGAAAAGAACUAGUCCUCGGAAACCCAUCGGUCACCGUCGAGAAAGGCAAGUACAGCUACGACGUCGAAACCCUAAUCAACAAGCUCUCUAGCCUCCCACCACGAGGCAGCAUUGCUCGCUGCCUUGACACCUUCAAGAACAAGCUUUCCCUCAAUGAUUUUGCCUUAGUGUUCAAAGAGUUCGCUCACCGCGGCGACUGGCAGCGCUCGCUCCGCCUCUUCAAGUACAUGCAGCGACAGAUCUGGUGUAAGCCCAACGAACACAUCUACACAAUCAUGAUUGGCGUGCUUGGCCGCGAAGGACUUUUAGAUAAAGCCUAUGAGAUAUUCGACGAAAUGCCCAGCCACGGUGUUCCGCGUAGUGUAUUUUCGUUCACUUCAAUUAUUAAUGCAUAUGGUCGAAAUGGCCAGUUUGAGACCGCAUUAGAACUUUUGGAGAGAAUGAAAAAGGAAAAAGUUCAGCCGAGCAUUUUGACUUAUAAUACAGUGAUUAAUGCUUGUGCUAGGGCGGGUAUGAAUGGGAGGGUUGUUAAGUUUGUUUGCCGAAAUGCGGCAUGA